AUGUUGGACUUGAGCUUCCUGACCGAGGAGGAGUAUGAGAAGCUGAUGAAGGUUCUGCAGAGAGAUGCAGAGCUGAAGAAGAAGGAUGGGGAUCGCAUCAGGCGGAUACAAGGCUCCAUCAAGGAUGAAAAGAAGAAGAAAUUUGUGACAGGCGAAUGGUUUUCGGAAGUGAAGGCAAAACGGUUUCAGGAAGACUUAGAGGGACCGGAUCUACUUCGGGCAUCAAUUAGAAGGAAAAAAGGCAAACUAGAAAGUGAGGCCAACGAGCACAUCCGGAUGGGUCUGGAAGGCAAAGCGGCCCCGAGUCCUGCCUUCCCCGAGCAGGCUGCCGGCGCGGGAGAGGAGAGAUCCAGCACACCUGCUCUUGUUACGGCAGAGGAGCGUAAGAUCUUGCCAAAACCGAAGCCAAGACUUCUCGUCCCGCUGUCUGCAUCACACAAGAGAUCCAGUAUACAUGAUGUCUCUUCCUCAGAGAGUGAUGCUGGAACAAGUCCAUUUGUGGCUGCAACAAACAGCUUGCAUUUGUCUAGAAAAGGUCAUGGGGUAUCUCCAUUGCCCACCAAGCUUUCGGAGGACGCUGUGCCUCAGCCCAGCAGGGCAGCUGGAGGAGAAGCUGUUGAUGGGGCCACUGGCGCCACAGCGGGGGCAAAAACUCCACCCGAAGAAACUUAUGGUCCCAGCAAGAUACCAGUUAAGAGGAAACCCAGCAGAACUUUCCCCAGAUCCGAGCAGUUUGUGAAUCACGUGGGGCCAGCAGAGAACAGCCUCGCAAAUAGAAAGCUGCUGGCAAGCCCCAAACCACUGACCGCAGAGGGGGAAAGCAGCCAGGCUGCGAAACAAGGCGUGAACUAUACAAUCUCAUCAAUGAGUAACAAGGAGGAGGAUAUCGGCUUCGAUCGUGAACACUUCAAGAACUUGAAGAACUUCUGGGAGAAGGGAGCAGACUCUGUGACAGUGGGAAACGUGCCGGAGGACCCGAGCUGGGUGGAGGCAGACGGUAGGCAGUUCAAGCUGUGCCGCUCACUCUCUGUGCAGUCUGGGCAAGGCCAGAACAGCGAAGAAAAACCUGGCGUCUUCACCAAAACAAGAACCCCCUACAAAAGGACAAUAACCUUGUCUUCUAGUGAGGAAGAACCAAGCUAUGUAGCCCCUGCAAGGAAAGGCUCGCUUUCCGUCAUUCCUAGAUCCACGUAUGCCAAGAGCAAAGGCAGCCUGGUUACAAGAAAUGACUCGCUGAGUGAAAGCAAUGGGAAGCCACCAAUGCCAGAGGAAGAGAAGGUGCCACAGCGCUGCUCCAAGAAAUCCAGAUUGCCUGUGCGAGCGCCUUCCGUCAAAAUGGAGUCGCCUACCAAAGAAGUGUCUGGCAGCACGUUUGAGCCAGAGACGCCUACAGACGAGUUUAUCGUGGCAGAAGAGUGCAAGCACGCAGCGAAUUCCCCGGCGAGCAGGGUGCAGAUACUGAUCGAGCCUGUGCUUACAGAUGGUGAAAACGAUGAUGAGAAAGAGGAGAGAUCUGAUUUGGGCACUCAUGACAACAUGGAAUUAAAUGGAGAGCUACCUGAGGAAAAAACGUGCGAGUCUUCAGACAAGCAAACACCCGGUGAACCAGCCAGAGAGGGAGAAGCCGUUCAGGGAGCGGACUCAGCUGUUUACUCAGAGGAAGACGGGGAUCAUUCUCCUGCCGCUCAGGCAUUGGCCCGAGCAAAUAACAUUAAUCUUGCAAAGAGCAUGGUGAACAUUUACACAACCACCGAGACAUACAAUAAACCUCAUUUGAUACCCCAUCACUUUCUUGAACCUGAAAGAGUCAAAGAGCUGAGCAGAUCCUCUCCUGUCCUGUUGUCUGAGACUGAAUCAGACACGGCUUCGGAAAUCAGCUUCCAGUUUAACAAGCACAAAAAGACGCCUAGCAUUGGCAGCCACUCGUCCGACAUGGCAUCUGUCUCCUCGGUGAGUGGCAGCGUGCUCAGUGUCUACAGCGGUGAUUUUGGGAGUGUGGAUGCCCAAGGUACCGUGGAGUUUGCUCUAGACUAUGAUGAAAAGAACCGGGAGUUCCAGGUUCAUGUGUCCCAGUGCAAGGACUUGGCUGUCGUGGAUGAGAAGAAAGGCAGAUCUGACCCGUAUGUUAAAACUUACUUGCUCCCAGACAAAGCUAGAAUGGGGAAGAGGAAAACUUCAGUGAAGAAGAGGACAGUGAAUCCCAUUUACAAUGAGGUGCUACGGUAUAAAAUAGAGAAAAUGGUAUUGCUGAUCCAAAAAUUAAAUCUCUCUGUUUGGCACAAUGAUCCACUGGGACGUAACAGUUUCUUGGGAGAGAUUGAAGUAGACUUGGCCAGCUGGGACUGGAGCAACAGGAAUCUCAACUGGUACCCACUGAAGCCCCGAAGCCUUUCUGCUGUUAAUGGUGUGGAUCAUCGAGGAGUGAUGAAUUUGUCUAUUAAGUAUGUCCCUCCAGGAAGCCUAGGUCCCAAGAAUCCUCCCUCUGGCGAAGUUCACAUUUGGGUCAAAGACGUCAAGGACCUGCUGCAGUUGCGUCCUUCUGGAGUCGACUCCUUUGUGAAAUGCUAUGUGCUUCCAGACACCAGUAAGAAGAGUUACCAAAAGACUCGAGUCAUAAAAAGAGACACAAACCCUGUUUUCAAUCAUACUAUUGUAUAUGAUGGCUUUCAUACAGAGGAUCUAAAGGAUGCUUGUGUUGAACUGACCGUGUGGGAUCAUGAAAAACUCACCAACCAUUUCCUUGGAGGAAUCAGGCUGGGCCUCGGGACAGGUUUGAGCUAUGGCAUCUCUGUGGACUGGAUGGACUCCACGCAAGAGGAGGUGGCCUUUUGGCAGGAGAUGAUGUCGGCUGCCAAUGAAUGGAUCGAGGGAUUGCUGCCACUGCGCUCACUGGCAGGGAGGAAAAAGCUGAAAUAA